AAAUAUAUCAUUAUUAUCCGAUAUGAUAUGAUAUGAUGGAGGUAUUAUUACCUAGAGAGUAGUGCGGUGCUGUGCAGGAAUCAAGGCUUUUGAGAUUGAGCUUGAGAUAUUGGAGAAUGGAGGAGCUAUCACAAACGUCCAGAUAUCGAUGGCUAGGGUUACGGGAUGCCUUGAAUCGCCAUUAUCAUUACUCAAUUGUUUGCAAUGAACUCAGCCUAAUCCUCCGAAAUGCAUAUUCUCGACUCUCCAAGAAUCUGCAAUCCCUCAUCUUCGACGACAUUCUCCUCGCCUUUCGCCUCCUUCCCGAAAUGCAGACGCAAGCUUCCAUAUCAGCAGCUAAUGCACUUGUGCAAAGCGUGGAGGCUACAUUGCCAAAACAAAAGCGGUGUAUUGCUACUAAAGAAUUUAAACAUGCCAUCAUUGCUCAUAAGAGGCGUGCCAAAGCAAAUUGUGAGGAACAAGGUCCUAUCCACCUUCCUCAAGACGUGAUUGCACACAUGUUCCAAUUUUUGGAUAUACAAACUCUGUUAGUUGCUGCAUUAGUGUGCCGGUCAUGGAGUCAAGCAGCUAGUGACAACCAUCUGUGGCAAUUAAUAUAUACCAAUUUCUUUGGCACUUCUCCUCUUAACUCCUCAAAUGACGUGGAGUGUAGUAGGUGUACAUCGGCCCAAAAUGUGCAAGACAUAUGUCGAGAAGAAACAAGUACUUCAACUAGUGUUGACUGGAAGAAUGCUUUCAAGAGAGCUUAUAAAGAUAUGUCAUCAAAAUUGGUAUUAACAUCUCAGAGGGGCUACUGCAGUUACUGUUGUUCAGUAGUUUGGCUCGAUAAUGGCAAGUGUUCCAACGAACACACUAGCCAUGGGGGCAAGAAUCACUCAGUCAAGCCUCUUUCAGUUGAACAGAUUGUUGACUAUAUAACCUCCAACACCCUACCCGGAUCUUACAGUAGUGACAGUGAUUUAGAAGACUCUGAUUAUGAAUCUCUGUUUAAGCUGUGGGCUUAUCCCAAGAGAAUUGCUAAAUCCUGAGCUCAAUUGGGGAUAUGCAGAGUGAGACAAGAUGUAAUUUCUUCUUCUUUUGGUAUAGAUUGUAUGCACCAACAGUUUCUACAUCUUUAUUAACAAACAAAAAAAAAAAAAAAAAAA